AUGCCGGACAUUUCGGAAUAUCGGUUAGGAAGUGCAUGCAGAGUAAAUAGUUGUGGACGCGUGAAAGAGGAAACAAUUUCAGGGGUUCCUAACAAAGAUGUGAGAUCUACCAGAAGAGAUGAAGAUAUCAGUGGUGUAGUUAAUGAUGUUCGUGAAGAAAUGAAAAAUGAUGCGUCUGAUUAUGGCCUUAUUAGUAACAGUGUUUCACAUGUGAUGAAUAUUUCCUGCUGUUGUCGUGAGGAUAUAAAUGAAUCCCUUGCGCUGACUAAUUCAUCAUCAUGGCUGCGACGUCUGUUUACAUCAAGUCUAUUUAAUAUGGAUUUGGCGAUUCAAUAUCUUUUUCAAUCGGAAGAUGUAGGUGUACAAGCCUAUUUGGCUGAACGACUAUUUGGUUUUCCAGAAUCAGAUGUAGAUUUCUAUUUAUUACAACUUGUUUCCCUAUAUGGUAAAUCACCAAUACUAGCUGAACAUUUAACUAAUUAUUUUAUAUAUCGAUGUACAAAAUCAGUUUCAUUUGCAAUUAAUCUUGUCUGGCUGUUGGAUACAUUUAGUCCUCAUCCACAUGAUCCAAUUAGACGUGUUUCAUCAGUUAUGCUCAGUCGUCCAUCAUCUGUCCCAUUAUUCUCAAAUGCUACAAGUCAACUGUAUUCAACUAAUCCUAGUGAUAAUUAUCAAUUUGUCAAUAAUAAUAAUAAUAAUAAUAGAUUGACUAAACUUAAAACAACGGCAUCAGCUAUAACCUCUUUACAAAAAUUGGAUAAUAGUGAAUGUAAAACAGAUAACACUACUAUCCCUUUAUCAUCUGUGCCAAAUUCAUCAGAAACAACACCGACACCUCAACAAUGUGUGUAUUCAGCCGAAAUUCUACGUGAACUACUGUUACCUGUAGAUAAUAGUGUUUGGGAAGGUCUUAUACUAUCGUCUAUGACUAAUAAAAAUUACAAUACAGAACUGCAUAAUGAUGUUAAUACUCACGAUAGUCAUAGUGUAAAUAACACGUCACCGUCUACAUCAACUUCUAAAUUAUCUCUGAAGAUUUCUCAUACUGGACAUAAACGAACUACAUCUGAUGUAACAAGUUUAAGAACUUCUCAUCAUUUAAGUGAAUCUAGACAUCGGGUAAUUGAUCAGUUAAAUCUUAUCAGUAAUAAUGGAGAUAACAAUAGUUGUAACAAAUCGACAGAAACUACCAAUCAUAAUCCUUGGUCUUCAUCGCAAGAUUCAGCUGUUUGCCUAUCGAAUGCAGAUGUCGACUUGCAUGUUUCCAGUUUAUCGAAUUAUAUACCGCUAAAUCAUGUCUGUCCAUCGUUUAAUCAUUUUUCAACUCAUCUAGGUGUUCCAUUUGAUGAAGGAAUAAAUUCUUUGCAUCGUACACAUGCUCUUCAUCAGAGUUCACGUAAAUGGAGUAUGAGCAUGAACAAGAUCAUUACAAAAGAAAUUCUACCUCAGUCUCAUCUUUGUCAGUCAUCGGUCAGUCUUCAAGGUUUAAACUCAACUUCAAGUAUCAACUGUCCGCCGCCAUCGUGUGUAAAAUCAUCAUCAUUGGGUCGUACAGCCAUUGGUGCCACUGUUGAUGAUCACAGUGGUGAUAAUCGUAGUGGGACAGUUGUAUCUUCCUACUCUCCGGAUAAGUCAACAAAAGAAACAAAGAAGAGUGAAAUUCAAACCAUGGAAUGUUGUAUUUCUACAACGGCAUCAUCAAGCCCACUAGAUAGUGGUUUGUAUAUGACAGCGCCAAAUGUUAGUAGUAGUGAUGAUGUUGGUGAUAAUUGUGGUAGUGCAGGUGGCGACAAUAAUGAUAUGGCCCAGUCAUCAGGAAGUGUUUAUCAUCUACCUCAUUGUCCGUUUUAUCAGCCAUACUCGUCUAAUGUUGAUCGAGCACUAGCAUUACGGAGUUAUCUAGUGCCUCGACUGCUUCCUGAAUGGGAUUUUGUAGAUGGUCUGUUAAGAAUAGCUCAUCGGCUAGUGCCUAUCAGUCCCAAGGAACAAAGAACUGCACAUUUACAAGCGGAGUUGGCCAAUUUAAACCUUCACCUACCUGCACAUGUUUGGUUGCCAGUGAAUAAGGCUGGUCAUAUCGUUUUACGAAUCCCACCAACCGCAGCAGUGUGUCUCAAUUCCAAAGAUAAAGCUCCUUUCUUAAUUUACGUUGAAAUAUUAUCUUGUGAUGAUGAUCCAUCAACUAUAUCCCUACCAAAUCGUCCAAUAACAUCAUCCAGUUCCAAGAGUUCAACACGUGGUAGAAAUGAUAUUGAAUCGAAUUCACUCACCUCUUUCUCUGUUUAUCCAUGGAAUUUGAAUUCGCAUACAAGUUCCUCAUCAGAAGUUGUGGAAAAUAAUGAAAUUGGCGCCAAUACAGCCUCAGAUGAAUUAAGUCUCAGGUCGUCAGUAUCAAAUGUUUCUUUAGGUGAAGAAUUAGAAUUUAACCGCUACCGUCAUGUUGAUGGACAGUCAAUAGGGUAUACAGAUGACCAACUAAAUGGUACAUCUAUGGUUGUUGAAGGUCAUAAAGAAGAUUCUUUCACUGGUACAGACUCGGGGACAGUCAGUGAUUCUUUAAGAUCUAAGUCACCAGUAUAUAUUAGAGCUGGUGAAAUACGUAAUCGACUUAAAGAACAGUGUGAACUUCAACCACAUAGAUCUUUCAGAUGUGACCCCGAAGAUCCAAGUGCAGCGGUUUUAAAAGAACCAUGGCAUAUGAAACGUGAACGAAUACGUGCAACAUCACCAUGGGGUACAUUACCAGGAUGGAGUUUAACCAGUGCGAUUGUUAAAGUUGGUGAUGACUUGAGACAAGAACAAUUAGCUUAUCAAAUGCUUACUGUGUUAAAAAACAUUUGGGAAUCUGAACAUGUUCCACUUUGGUUACGUCCAUUGACUGUAGUGGUGAUAUCACUUGAUAGUGGAUUUAUUGAACCAGUCCCGGAUACAGUAUCCUUUCAUCAGAUUAAACGACAUGCACGUUUAUCACUUGUCGAUUAUUUGCACAGAGAACAUGGUGCUGAUAAUUCUGAGGCAUUUUUAACUGCUCAACAUAAUUUUGUACAAAGUUGUGCUGCCUACUGUUUAGUAGGUUAUCUAUUUCAAGUUAAAGAUAGACAUAAUGGAAAUAUCCUAUUAGAUAAUGAAGGUCAUGUUAUACAUAUUGAUUAUGGUUUUAUUUUAUCCUCAUCGCCGGGUAAAAAUUUAGGCUUUGAAACAAGUCCAUUUAAAUUGACAUUAGAACAAGUUAAUGUUAUGGGUGGUAUUGGCAGUGAUUUAUUUGAAUAUUUUAAAUUACUUUUAUUACGUGGAUUAUUAGCUGCACGUAAACAUAUGGAACGAAUAUGUAUACUUGUCGAGAUAGCACGUGCUACAUGUCCACAAUUACCAUGUUUUGCUCGUGGUAAUGGUAAUCGGAUACUAACAGAUUUAAGACAAAGAUUUCAAUUAUCUCGUACAGAUGAACAAUUAAAACAGCUAGUUGAUCAAAUGGUCCAGAAUUCAAUGAAUUCAAUGACCACAAAAUUAUAUGAUAGUUUUCAAUAUUAUACUAAUGGUAUACAAUAA